AUGCAACACACAAACCACAGCCAUCAGAACCCAGCCUCAUUCCUGCUUAUGGGAAUUCCUGGUCUAGAGACAUCCCACUUUUGGAUUGCAUUUCCCUUCUGCUCCAUGUAUGCCUUGGCAGUAACCGGCAACAUGGUGGUGCUGCUGGUGGUACGCUCAGACCCUGCACUGCACCAGCCCAUGUACCUGUUCCUAUGCAUGCUGUCCACCAUUGACUUGGUGCUCUGCACCUCCACAGUGCCCAAACUCCUAGCACUCUUUUGGGCAAAUGCUGCUGAGAUUGCCUUUGGGGCUUGUGCUGCCCAGAUGUUCUUUAUCCAUGGCUUCUCAGCUGUAGAAUCUGGCAUUCUGCUAGCAAUGGCCUUUGACCGCUACUUGGCCAUCUGCCGGCCAUUGCACUAUGGGUCAUUAUUGCCCCCAGAGGCUGUGGGUAAGCUGGGGGCUGCUGCUAUGCUUCGUGGCCUGGGGCUCAUGACCCCACUCACCUGCUUAUUGGCAAGGCUGAGCUACUGUAGCCGAGUGGUGGCCCACUCCUACUGUGAACAUAUGGCAGUGGUGAAGCUAGCUUGUGGGAGUACAAAACCAAACAACAUCUAUGGCAUUACUGCUGCCACACUGGUGGUGGGCACUGACUCCAUCUUCAUCGCAGUCUCCUAUGCACUCAUCCUUCAGGCUGUGUUAGGCCUCUCUUCCAAGGAGGCAAGAGCCAAGACCUUUGGAACUUGUGGCUCCCACCUCUGUGUUAUCCUGCUCUUCUACACACCAGGACUCUUCUCAUUCUACACUCAACGUUUUGGCCAGCAGGUGCCCCGGCACAUCCACAUCCUCCUGGCUGAUCUCUACCUCGUCAUGCCACCCAUGCUCAACCCCAUCAUCUAUGGCAUGAAGACCAAGCAGAUCCGGGAUGCGGCCCUCCGACUGCUGAAGCAAAAGUCUUCAACUUAG